CUCUGUCUCCGUCAUAUUGAUAUGUGUGCUAAGUUGGUUCAUGAAAGUUCAAAUUAUUCAAUUCUGACUGUAUUUAAUAGCACAAUAUGAAACAAUGUUAUACUUAUGAAAUUACAUAAAUGUUCUGCUUGGAGGCUAUAAUUAAAACUUGUAUGUAUUAAAUUAAUAAGACUAUAUAGAGGUUAUCCAUAACUAUACAAACAUGAAUAUAAUGCGGACAUUAUCUGUAACAAGAAAAAUUAAAAGUAGGUUUUCUAUAAAAGAAUUAAAUUUCAUGAAUACUGGAAAUUAUAAGGCAAUAAGAACAAUUCAAUCCACACCAAAAUUAUACUUGAAAAUAUUCUUAGAAACUGAAAAUAAAUAUGCUUAUAAUAUAAUGGAAAAUAAUGGUUAUGCAAGGAAAAUAGACAUUGAUGAAGAUAACUUACAAUAUGUGCCUAAAGAAUAUUUUUCCAACAUAAUGUCAAAGAAUUUUAGUACAGAAGAUCCUCAUAACAUUUUUAACAUUUUUGCAAAUCUAGGUGUGUACUGCACAGAAAAUAAUCUGUGUAUUUCAAAUGAACAAUUUGAUAAUUUUAUCGACAAUUUAACUGACAAUAUAAAAUUUGCUAGUGAUGAUGAAUUAAGAUCAUUGUUUUUUUCUCUUACAAAAUGGCCCCAAACUAAUUCAAUAAGAACAAGGAAUUUCAUAGAAGUAUGGGCUGCUUUGGAUGAUGAAUGUUUUAAAAGAAUACACAAGUGGUCUUAUGAUGAAAUGCUUUCGUUUGUUUCUUUAUUCUAUAUGUUAAAUGUAAUAAAGUAUAGUGAUUUUUGUACGAAGGUUCUAAAUAAAAUUGCCACUAAAUGUAAAAAUCUCAAAAAAAGCCAUGUAGUUCAGUGUUUGUUUUUUACUGGAACAAUAAGAAGAUCCCCAAUAGACAUGCAUUUCCUUGAAGUUUAUGUGGAGAAUCACUUUACAGAAUUUAGUACAGAUGAACUGGCGGUCCUUGCCAUGGGGUUUUUUAAAAGCAGUACUCCGAUUAGAAGUAUGACAUUAAUAUCUAAGAUAAUUGAUAGAAUAAUUGAAAAUUCUAAGAAUAUACAUGAGAUUUCACUUGCUGCUUUGUUAAAAAUAAUAAGAUACUCAAUUAAAAUACCCAUUGAUAAUAAAUUAUUUGAUAUGUUAGAACAUUUACAGCAUGAGUGUGACAGAAUGUCCAUUAUGUGUAAUGUUCAGUUAGCCUUAGUUGGAACUUCAUCUUUAACUCUGCAUGAGAAUUGCCUCAAUCAAAUAGCUAAAAGGGUGAUAAAAUCAAUUUCCGAAACAAGAAUAAAAGAUCUGGAAAGAUUAGUUCUCACUUAUGGAACUUUUAAUUACAUACCUGAAACUGAAGAGAAUUUUUUUGGCAAAGUUAUAGAAGAGUUACGGAAACCAGAAAGGAAUGAAGAAAUUAUGAAGUAUGGCCGGUCAUUUUCUGCUUGUGUGGCAUUUCUAGGGCUUUUACAAAUAUUCCCAGUGGAUCUUAUAAAAAGGGUUCUAAGCCGGGAAUUCCUAAACAAUACUUAUGGUGGAAAUUUUUAUAGCUAUGGAAGGGAGAUUUUAACAAUUCAUGAUAUAGCCAAACUUUUUAUAGAAGAUGAAGUUAGCGUUUUGACUGACAAACAAGUGAUAGCAUUGGCUAAAAAAUAUACAGACUAUGUGCCAUGUGAAACAUACCAAAAGCAGUAUAAUAUAACUGAAAGAAUGUUUUUAGACAUCAAAAGAGUGUUACAGGAAGACCGAGGCGGAAAAGAUUAUGUUACUGGAUUUCAUGUUAUUCCACAUCAUCAAAGAGGAGAUUUAAUUCUAUGCAAUAACAGCGAAGGUGCCCCUGUGUCAGUGAAAGAUGUGUUCUAUGGGAAACAGUUUGGUCUUCUUCAUAAAGCACCGAGUCCCAAUCAUUGGAUUGUUCUUAUUGUGGCUGGCAGAAAUUCUAUGAUUCAAAACUCCAACAGAGCAAGUGGUCCAUUCAAUAUAAAAAUAAAAGAAUUGAAUACACUGGGAUAUUAUGCCAAUAUAGUAAAAUGGAACACUUAUAGCAACCUUAAAACUGACAAAGAAAAAAUUAUAUAUCUUAAUAAUUUAAUUGAAGAAGCAUUAAAAUCCAAGUUAUGAAUUUAAUA